UGCGCAGUUCCUUGCAGACGCGGAAGCGGCCGUGGAGGGGAAGGUGGCGGUUCCCCCUGAGGAGGGUGUUUGUCUUUAAAGCUGACGCUCCCCGUCCCCCUCCCCGCAGGGAAGGCUGAGGGCGCUGCCGGCGCUGAAGUCCUUGUUGGGGUCCCCGCCCCGGAGCCCCUCUCAGCGGUCCUUCUGACUGUGAGUGAGGGGAGCUGAUUAACAGGCUGAGCUGACGUCUUUGAAGGCACAUUCUGUGACCCUUCAACAUAGUGUCACCUGAGAAAACUUCCCCGACCCCGAUCAGGACCAGGACCAAGACCAAAUGGCUGCUUCUCAGGAACGGUUGUCCUUCAUGGAUGUGGCCAUAGAUUUCUCUCAGGAGGAGUGGGAAUGCCUGGACCCAGCUCAGCGGAAAUUGUACCUGGAUGUGAUGCUGGAGAACUACAGCAACCUGGUCUCCGUGGCUAUGUCAUCUGAAGAUGCCCAGGCCUUUAUGCCCAAGACCAGAAUACAAGAUUUAUUCUCCGAAAUGAUACUGAGUACACAUAAUGGAGACAGAAGUUAUCAGUGGAAUGAAAAUUGGGAAGAAUUUAAGCAAGAGUCAUAUUGUAGUCAUCGGAGAAGCGAGCUUGCAAAGGAGCAUUAUAAAAGUGGAAGAGUCUGUAACCCAAGGUGCAAUCACAAAAUAUGUGAGGUUAUUCCUAUUGUGGAGAAGACACACAAAGGAAUUCAAUGUGUCUUGUCUUUUCAGCAUUCUCCAAAUUACACUGAACAAGAGAAUGUUCAUCCUGGGGAGAAAGCUUACAAAUGGAAUCCUUGUGGUAUAAUAUCCAGUGAAAUAUUCAAGACAAAUAAAGUGAAAAAAAUUCAUAGUGGAAAAAAAUCUAACAAAUGUAAAGAUUCUGGUAAAACAUCUAAUUGGCCUUCAGUUUGUAUGCUAAAUCAGAAAAUUCAAACUGGACUGACGCCUUACAAAUGUAAAGUAUGUGGCAAAGCCUUUAAAUGUCAUUCAUCUCUUGUCGUACAUAAGGGAAGAAUUCAUACUAUUGCAACAUGUUAUAAACUCAGGGAAAAUGGAAAAGGCUUUAGUCAGUCCUCAGGACAUACUCCACAUCAUAGAAAUCACAUGGGUGAAAAGUUUUAUAAAUGUUCAGAAUGUGACAAAGCCUUUAGCUGGCCCUCAACUCUUAGUAUUCACCAGAGAAUUCACACUAGAGAGAAACCUUAUAAAUACAGAGAAUGUGGCACAUCCUCUAUCAACUAUGCAAAUCUUACUUAUCAUCAAAGUGUUCAUACUGAAGAUAGGCCUUAUAAAUGUAGAGACUGUGGUAAAGGAUUCCUUCACGCUUCAAACCUGCGUCAACAUCGGAAAGUUCACAAUGGAGAGAAACACUACAAAUGUAGAAAAUGUGGGAAAGUCUUUAGAGAGUUCUCACACCUUACUACGCACCAGAGAGUUCAUACUGGAGAGAAGUCCCAUAAAUGUGGAGAAUGUGGCAAAGCCUUUAGAUGGUUCACAAAACUUAGGAGGCAUCAGCGAGGUCAUACAGGAGAGAAACCUUAUAAAUGUAGAGAAUGUGGCAAAGCCUUUAGCCUUUCCUCCUCUCGUAAUACACAUCAGAGAGUUCAUACAGGAGAGAAACCUUAUAAAUGUAGAGAAUGUGGCAAAGCCUUUAGCGAUUCCUCCUCUUUUUAUAGACAUAAGAGAGUUCAUACAGGAGAGAAACCUUAUAAAUGUAGAGAAUGUGGCAAAGCCUUUAGUCAGUCCUCCUCUCUUUGUAGACAUGAGACAGUUCAUACAGGAGAGAGACCUUAUAAAUGUAGAGAAUGUGGCAAAGCCUUUAGUCGGUCCUGCUCACUUUAUAUACAUGAGACAGUUCAUACAGGAGAGAAACCUUAUAAAUGUAGAGAAUGUGGCAAAGCCUUUAGUCAGUCCGCCUCUCUUUGUAGACAUGAGGCAGUUCAUACAGGAAAGAAACCUUAUAAAUGUAGAGAAUGUGGCAAAGCCUUUACCACUUCCUCAUACCUUACUUCACAUCAGAGAGUUCAUACUGGAGAAAAGCUCAAUAAAUGUGGAGAAUGUGGCAAAGCCUUUAGUCGGUCCUCACAUCUUACUAGGCAUCAGCGAGGUCAUACUGCGGAGAAACCUUAUAAAUGUAGAGAAUGUGGCAAAGCCUUUAGUCAGUCCUCGCAUCUUACUAGGCAUCAGCGAGGUCAUACUGCGGAGAAGCCUUAUAAAUGUAGAGAAUGUGGCAAAGCCUUCACCAGUUCCUCAUACCUUACUUCACAUCAGAGCGUUCACACAGGAGAGAAGCCAUAUAAAUGUAGAGAAUGUGGCAAAGCCUUUACCAGUUCCUCAUACCUUACAACACAUCAGAGCAUUCACACAGGAGAGAAGCCAUAUAAAUGUAGAGAAUGUGGCAAAGCCUUUACCAGGUCCUCAUCCCUUACUUAUCAUCAGAGAGUUCAUACUGGAGAGAAGCCUUAUAAAUGUACAGAAUGUGGUAAAUCCUUUGUCAGCUCCUCAGCGCUUGCUAAGCAUCAGAGAGUACAUACUGGAGUGAAGCCGUAUAAAUGUAGAGUAUGUGGCAAAGCUUUUAGUGAUUUCUCCUCUCUUAAUAGACAUCAGAGAGUUCAUACAGGAGAGAAACCUUACAAAUGUAGAGAAUGUGGCAAAGCCUUCACCAGUUCCUCAUCACUUACUUCACAUCAGAGCUUUCACACAGGAGAGAAGCCAUAUAAAUGUAGAGAAUGUGGCAAGUCCUUUGGCUGCUCCUUACACCUUACUAGACAUGAGAGAAUUCAUUCUGGAGAGACGCCAUAUAAAUGUAAAGAAUGUGGCAAAGCCUUUACCACAUCCUCAUCCCUUAUUUAUCAUCAGACAGUUCAUACUGGAGAGAAGCCUUAUAAAUGUACAGAAUGUGGCAAAUCCUUUACCAGGUCCUCAUCUCUUACUUGUCAUCAGAGAGUUCAUACUGGAGAGAAGCCUUAUAAAUGUACAGAAUGUGGCAAAUCCUUUGUCAGCUCCUCAGCACUUACUAAGCAUCAGAGAAUACAUACUGGAGUGAAGUCUUACAUAUGUGUGUAGUAUCAUAAGUCCUUGAGGAGCAGUGAGAAUUUACUCAAGAUCACAGAAUUCAUGCUGGAAAGAAGCUUUAUGAAUAUGAAAAAUGUAAAAAAGCUUUUAAAAGCCAUUCAGAUAUGACUUUAUCUUAGAGACUUCCUAACAGACACUGUAUAAAUGCAGAGAAUGGACUGUAGCCUUUACUCACAGCUCAAAAUUUACUGAACAUUAGAGAUUUUAUAGUAGAGCAGCAGUUCUCAACCUGUGGGUUGUGACCCCUUUGAAGGUCGAACAACCCUUUCACAGGGGUUGCCUAAGACCAUUGGAAAACACAGAUAUAAUUACACAUUGUUUUUGUGAUUAAUCA